GAUUCCCGGCUGAGCUCUAAGCGCGGCAGUAAUCACUGAUUGUCCUCGUGCUACGGUAGGCGAGGGCGCGCGGGGCACGGCUUCCCAGUGGCUCCGGACUGGGGCGGCCGGACGAAUGAAGCCGCCUCUUCUCCGCGCCCUGUAGAGGCUUCUCGGAGGGAGAAGCACGGGGCCAGCCCUGCUCCUCCUGGACCGACUGGACCUACGCGCCGGGCCGUGGGACCGCGAGGGCGCGGAGAGGAAGGUGCAAUGGCGAGGAGUUUACCUGUGGUCUUGAUCCUCACCUUCACUCUGCUGGCCUGUGUCACAAGUCCCUCAGCUGCUUUCCCUCAGACCACUGAGAAAAUUGUUCCAAAUUGGGAGUCGGGCAUUAAUGUUGACUUGGCAGUUACUACACAGCGACACCAUCUACAACAUCUUUUCCACCGCUAUGGAGAAAAUAAUUCCUUGUCAGUUGAAGGGUUCAGAAAAUUGCUUCAGAACAUAGGCAUCGAUAAGGUUAAAAGAAUCCAUAUAAACCAUGACCAUGAUCAUCAUUCUGACCAUGAUCAUCAUUCUGACCAUGAUCAUCACUCUGACCAUGAUCAUCACUCUCACCAUAAUCAUGCUGCUUCCAGUAAAAAUAAUCGGAAAGGUCUUUGCCCAGACCAUGACUCUGACAGUUCAGGAAAAGAUCCUAAAAGUAAACAGGGGAAAGGAUCUCGCCGACCAGAAAAUGCUGAUGGUAGAAGAAACGUUUUAAUCAAGGAUGGCAUUGGUGCUAGUGAAGUGACCUCAACUGUGUAUAACGCUGUCUCUGAAGGAACUCACUUUCUAGAGGCUGUAGAGACUCUGAAACCUGGAAAAGUCCUUAAAGAUGUGAGUGGUUCCACUCCACCCAGUAUCACAGAGAAGAGCCAUGUGAGCCGGCUUGCUGGUAGGAAAACAAAUGAAUCUGUGAGUGAGCUCAGAAAAGGCUUUAUGCAUUCCAAAAACACAAAUGAGAAUACUCAGGAGUGUUUCAAUGCCUCAAAGCUGCUCGCCUCUCAUGGCAUGGGCAUCCAGGUUCUCCUGAACACAACAGAGUUCUACUAUCUCUGCCCAGCCAUCAUCAAUCAAAUUGAUGCUAGAUCUUGUCUGAUUCAUACAACGAGUGAGAAGAAAGCUGAAGUCCCUCCAAAGACCUAUUCUUUACAAAUAGCCUGGGUUGGUGGCUUUAUAGCCAUUUCCAUCAUCAGUUUCCUGUCCUUGCUGGGUGUUAUCUUAGUGCCUCUCAUGAACCGGGUGUUUUUCAAAUUUCUCCUAAGUUUCCUCGUGGCAUUGGCCGUUGGGACAUUGAGUGGUGAUGCUUUUUUACACCUUCUUCCACAUUCUCAUGCAAGUCACCACCAUAGUCAUAACCAUGAAGAACCAGCAAUGGAAAUGAAGAGAGGGCCACUUUUCAGUCAUCUGUCUUCUCAAAACAUAGAAGAAAGUACUUAUUUUGAUUCCACAUGGAAGGGUCUGACAGCUCUAGGAGGCUUGUAUUUCAUGUUUCUUGUUGAACACGUACUCACAUUGAUCAAGCAAUUUAAAGAUAAGAAGAAAAAGAAUCAGAAAAAACCUGAAAAUGAUGAUGACAUGGAAAUUAAGAAGCAGUUGUCCAAGUAUGAAUCUCAGCUUUCAACAAAUGAAGAAAAAGUAGACACAGAUGAUCGACCUGAAGGCUAUCUACAAGCAGACACUCAAGAGCCCCCACAUUUUGAUUCUCAACAGCCAGCAGUCUUGGAGGAAGAAGAAGUCAUGAUAGCUCAUGCUCAUCCGCAAGAAGUUUACAAUGAAUAUGUACCCAGAGGGUGCAAGAAUAAAUGCCAUUCGCAUUUUCAUGACACACUUGGCCAGUCAGACGAUCUCAUUCACCACCAUCAUGACUACCAUCAUAUUCUCCAUCACCACCACCACCAAAACCACCAUCCCCACAGUCACAGUCAGCGUUACUCUCGGGAAGAGCUGAAAGAUGCUGGCAUCGCCACGUUGGCUUGGAUGGUGAUAAUGGGUGACGGCCUGCACAAUUUCAGUGAUGGCCUAGCAAUUGGUGCUGCUUUUACUGAAGGUUUAUCGAGUGGUUUAAGUACUUCUGUUGCUGUGUUUUGUCAUGAGUUGCCUCAUGAAUUAGGUGACUUUGCUGUUUUACUAAAGGCUGGCAUGACUGUUAAGCAGGCUGUUCUUUAUAAUGCUUUGUCAGCCAUGCUGGCAUAUCUUGGAAUGGCAACAGGAAUUUUCAUUGGGCAUUAUGCUGAAAACGUUUCUAUGUGGAUAUUUGCACUUACUGCUGGCUUAUUCAUGUAUGUUGCUCUUGUUGAUAUGGUACCUGAGAUGCUGCAUAAUGAUGCUAGCGACCAUGGAUGUAGCCGCUGGGGAUAUUUCUUUUUACAGAAUGCUGGAAUACUUUUAGGUUUUGGGAUUAUGUUGCUUAUUUCUGUAUUUGAGCAUAAAAUUGUGUUUCGUAUAAAUUUCUAAUUACAGUAUAAAUGCUAGAGUAGUUUAAAAAAGCAUUGCCAUCUAUAGUUUGAAUAGGUCAUAGGGAGAUGAAAGCAUGUGUGCUGUAAUAUGCAGCAUUUAAGGUUAGUGUAUUUUGUGGUUUUUGUAUUGAAUAUUGUUGUUUUUUAUGCUUGUAAGGUCAGUUAUGGUGAUAACAAAGGUAUGUUUUAAUAUUUUAAGUUAUUCUAUUUUGGGAAUAUAAGCUAUAUGUGCAAUUCACCAAUAUUGCCAGUUUAUUGUAUAAACAAGAGAUUUGGCAUGACAUGUUCUGUAUAUUUCAGGAAAAAAUGUCUAUAAUUCUUUUUUCUAGAACUAGUUUAACACAGUAAUUCCCAUGCUGGAUUUUAAAGCUCUGAAGAACUGCUGGUGUUUAGGAGUAAGAAUGUACCCGAAGCCAAAGAUACCAAGGAAACUUGUACUGAAUUUAAACUAGGGAAUAGGGAGAAAAAGAGAAGAAUCUGUGAAAGUUGAAGAGGCAUAGAUUUCUUAAUCAUGAAAUUGGUUAUAAAAUAAAAGGGGGAAAACACUUAAAGUG